GUAAACAGACCACAGCUCUUCAUAUGCAGAGACGCUUAUUUGAUGUGUAUUAAUAGUGAAACUAUGUUGUUUGUUUGUAGUGUCAUCAGCAGUCUAAGGUUUAACGGCACACAUAAAUGACUUUGAUCAUGUCAGUGUCGCGCUGUUCUCCUCACAUGGUGAUGAUUAUUAUUCAUAAUUGAUCGAUUGAUUAAUUUAUUUGGUGUCGGUUCGGAAUGGCUGCAGGUUUCGCUCCACCGAAGCUCAAAGAUUUUAUUCUCACAGAGAAACUGGGAAGCGGCACAUAUGCGACAGUUUAUAAAGCUUUCAGAAAGACUGACAGCAGGGAGGCCGUGGCUGUGAAGGUGGUCAGUAAGAAAAGUCUCAAUAAAAGCUCGAUGGAGAAUCUGCUGACAGAGAUCGAGAUCCUGAAGACGGUUCGUCAUCCUCACAUCGUGCAGCUCAAAGAUUUCCAGUGGGACAGUGAUAACAUCUACCUGAUUCUGGAGUGGUGUUCAGGAGGAGAUCUGUCUCGCUUCAUCCGCAGUCGACGCAUUCUCCCGGAGAGAGUCGCCCGUCGAUGCCUUCAGCAGAUCGCUUGUGCUCUUCAGUUUCUCCAUGAGAAGAACAUCUCUCACCUGGAUCUCAAACCUCAGAACAUUCUGCUCAGUGGAAACGUUUUGAAGCUCGCAGAUUUUGGUUUUGCUCAGUACAUGUCCCCGUGGGACGAGCAUCAGGCUUUGAGAGGUUCUCCGCUCUACAUGGCUCCUGAGAUGUUGUGUAGACGACAUUAUGAUGCUCGAGUUGACCUGUGGUCUGUGGGGGUCAUUCUGUUCGAGGCUUUAUUUGGACGAGCUCCGUUUGCGUCUCGCUCAUUUGCUGAACUAGAAGAGAAAAUCCGCAGUGACAAACCCGUCGAGCUGCCGCCUGGCAUGCGUGUUCCUCCUGACUGUAGAGAUCUGCUGCUUCGGCUGCUCGAGAGAGAUCCAGACGGCCGCAUCACGUUUGAAGAGUUCUUCCUGCAUCCCUUUGUUGACCUUGAACACAUGCCGAGUGUCGACAGCCUCCAGAGUGCCAAAGUGCUGGUGUUACAGGCCGUUCAGAAGGAUCAGGAUGGACAGAGAAGUGAAGCGUUAUCUCUCUACUGUAGUGCACUGGAGCACUUUGUUCCUGCCAUUCACUAUGAAACAGAUCGACAGAGGAAAGAAGCUCUCAGACAAAAGGUGAGUCAGUAUGUUUCUCGUGCAGAGGAACUCAAAGCUCUGGUCAAAUCAGACGAUAAGAUCAGUUUUGCGGAGGCAAAGUGCACCAGGAACAUAUUAACAGAAAUGUCCAGAAAUCAGCCGCGUUUAUUGGCCGCUCUUGAGUUGGCGUCCACUGCUGUCGCCCUGGAGGAGAGCGGUGUUGAAGACUCAGACACUCUUGAUUUAUAUCAGCAGAGUUUGGGUGAAAUGCUUCUGGCUCUGGCAGCUGAACCUCAAGGCCGCCGGAGAGAUCUGCUCCACAGCGAGAUUAAGAGUCUGAUGAGUCGAGCAGAGUAUCUGAAGGAGCAGAUCAAGAUGCGAGAAACUCGGACGGAUGAAUCGCUGAAGAAAGACGCCGCUGCUGAAUCUGUGAGAUCUUCGUGUUGUUUACAGUGAGCCGAGGGUUCUCGUCAUGACAACGGUGAUCGUGUCAGAGUGUUGACGGGAUCUGAUUGGAUCUCUUCAGGUGUGACGCUUACCUGACAGACUGUUCACACUGCAGACACAAAUCUUAUUUAACCUCAGAGAUUUGAACAUCUGAGAGAAUGUUGGAAAUGACACGAGUGUAAAAUCUCCUUGAACGCUCUGUGUGUGUUACACGCUCACACACUAACACACACAUGCGUGUCACACUGGUUAUGUGUGUAGAACUGUAGAACUACUGAUGAAUCUGUCAUAUUUAUUUUGUGUGUGUGUGAAACAUAUGAUUGUGAUGAAUUAUCAUUCUGAAGUGAAGAAAUCUGUCUGAUUCGAGUCUCUUUUUGUGUGACUGUUGUUUUUUAAGCAUUCCUACAGUAAUAUAAUAAUCACUGAGACAUACGUUUAUUUGAGACACUUGUGUUUAAUGGCUCUCUGAAAUGUUCUCUGCGCUCAUGAGCUUGUGUUAAAUUUGUUUGUGUGUACAUGUAAAGUCAUGCUCACAAACAGUAAUAAUACUCUUCCACAGUUUUCUCA